CAAUCGACUAUACAUUCGAUCUAUUAAUUGAUUGAUUGCUUUACUAUAGUAUUAACCGAUUAAUUGUUAAUCCAAUGAUUGUAUGAUUUGUAUCAAUACUCUUAAUAUUAGGCAAUACUUGACAUGACAUCAAUGUAUAGGUUUUAUAAUGUUUUCAUUAUUUAAAAAUUAUAUUUAUUUAUUAUUCAUCAUAUAUACAUUAAAAUCAUGUUUUGCUUCAAAUUUAAACGAUUUAAAAUCAAAGUACACUUUGAAAACAUCUGUUUCAGACAUAGCUAUUGAAAUCAAUGAGAAAACAUCUUUUACUUUGAAUAUUAGUCCUUCACCGACCGAAAUAAUUGAACUAAAGAUCUCAUGUGAAGACCCAUUGACUCCAAGUGAUUAUAAUAACAAUAAAUCCAAUUGUUAUACAAUUAAUGGAUUUAAGAUCGCUUAUUAUAUAAAGCCAAAUGAAAAGACUAUUGACAUCGAGAUAAAAGGUGCCGAACCGGGAAAAACAACUUUAAUUAUCAAUACAAACAUUAAUGGGACAAAUGUUAAGGAUGCAUUUGUUCGGAUCAGUGUUGCUCGACAUAAAUCAAUUGAUACGAUAGGUGUGGUGAUUGGUUGGAUCUACUUCUUAGCCUGGUCGGUCUCGUUUUAUCCUCAAAUGUGGAUCAAUUUUCGUCGAAAAUCAGUGGUUGGACUCAACUUUGAUUUUUUAGGACUAAAUAUAACGGGUUUUCUUUUCUACACAUUCUUCAAUGUCUGUCUUUUCUUUUCGUCCGAAAUAAAAGACGAAUUCAAUGAAAGAUAUCCGAGAAGUGUAUUACCCGUUGAGCUGAAUGAUGUGGUUUUUGCAAUACAUGCAGUAUUUGCCACAUCUAUAGUAAUAAUUCAAUGCUUUAUCUUUGAAAGACAAACUCAAACAAUUUCAAUAUAUAUAAAAACAUUUCUCGGUAUUGUUUGGAUAGUGUUUGCUAUAUUAGCAAUUAUAGUGCCAACAACUCAUUGGUUCAAUUGGUUGACAUAUCUUUACUGUUUUUCUUAUGUUAAGUUAGCCAUAACUAUAAUAAAAUAUAUACCACAAGCGUGGUAUAACUACAAGCGUCAGUCAACUAUAGGCUGGAGUAUUGAAAAUAUUUUACUUGACUUUACCGGCGGUUCUCUCUCUUUACUUCAAAUGUUUUUAUUGGCCUAUAAUUACAAUGAUUGGUUAACGAUAUUCAAGAAUUUUACGAAAUUUGGUUUAGGAAUGAUAUCAAUCUUAUUUGAUGUCCUCUUCAUUGUUCAACACUAUGUCCUCUAUAGGAAUGCCAUCGAAUCUGAGAGCACUGGACUCACUUCAGGCAUCAAUACUUCAACAUCAGAUUUGGCAUCUAUUGAUACAAUUGAAACAAAUGGAUAGAAAACCUCAGUCACUAACCAAAUAUUGUAAUUAAGAUUGUGAUAUGUUGUCAAUCGCACAAUAAUUGUGUCUCAUAUUUUAAAAAAUAGUAAAUAAUAAAUAUAAUUCUAAGCUAUUAUAAAUAGCGUUACCGUAGUUUUGAUAUACAGUAAAUAAUUAAAAUUGAAUUUAAAAUUUGGAUCAAAUCAUCAAUUUGUAUAUUAAUGUAUAGUACAUAUAGAGUUUAAUUUGCCGCAAGAGAAUUAAAAUUUCAUUAAAUAAAUUUUAUUUAGUUAAUUGAUAUACAAUUUAAAUUUACAACUAAAUUUGAAAACUUAGGUAAGUG